AUAAGGCCCCCAAGAGCCCUCCGCCCAAAAACAAUGCAAUCACCGUUUGUGGUACCAUCGGCCAUCAGGCUGGCAACGCAGCUGUUAGGUCCGUCGUUAAAACGUUCAGUGUCACUUUACGCCUCUAGGGCGAUUUGGUACAAGUCAUAGAGGACAUCUAUAGGGUGUUUUGUCCUUUUAACGACACCUAACCUCGACCGUGCACUUUGCCUACUCACAUUUCAACGAAGUAUUGAUUACCCAACAGUAGUUUAUAUCUUUUUUGGCGCGAGCCGUCGGCGCUUGGCGGCGCGCAGCCACGAUGGGGCGCUUUCCAGCAGCCCUUGCGUUGGCCGUGGCGCUCCUGGCACUGGUGCCAGGAGGCGUCUUCGGUUACAAUACUCCGUAUGAAUUCAUCGCCGCUCAGCCGGAUAUGAAGCUACUCAAGAAGUGCCUUGACAAUAUGGGCAACAAGGUGUCGGCUCCUUGGACAGCUAAGGGCAAGAAGGACUUCACAAUUUUCUUGCCGAACGAUGAUGCUUGGUCCAGUCUUGCCGAGCUCGGCUUUGAGGUCACUGCCGAUGAGUUUUGCUCUUCAAAGAAGUCAAAGAUGUCUACUAUGCGGGCAGCCGUCAUGAAGUACCACGUGCUUGCUGGUGCCCGUUCGCGCGAGCAGCUCCCUGGUACCUGCCCGGGCGGCUGCACUUAUGCCACCAUUGCCGGUGGGAAGAACCUGGUGGACGCGCUUACGUUCGACAUCUAUGAGGAUGUUGGUACUUACAUUACUGGCGGCAAUGCUGCCAACUGGGCAGACUUUGAGCCCGGUCGGUACAACAUUUCCGUCGGUGGCCGGAUGCUGCACGUGAUUAAUGGCGUGAUGUUCCAGGCGCGCUUCAUUCCCGUGCCGAAGCCGAGCCCAUCCCCUCCGCCCCCUGUGAGGUCGCCGCCACCUCCUGUGAAGUCGUCUCCCCCCCCUCCUCCGCCUUCCUCGCCUCCUCCUCCUCCUCCCUCGUCGCCUCCUCCUCCUCCCCCGUCGCCUCCUCCUCCUUCCCCUUCUCCUCCUCCCCCAUCGCCUCCUCCUCCUUCCCCGCCUCCUCCUCCUCCUCCUCCCCCGUCCCCACCACCUCCCAACCCGCCGCCGCCUUCUCCUCCCCCUCCCGCCCCCCCCAGCCCGCCUCCUCCUCCUCCUUCUCCGUCCCCGCCUCCUCCUCAGCCGCCCUCGCCUCCUCCCCCUCCCUCACCGUCUCCCCCUCGCCCCCCUCCGCCCUCUCCCAGCCCUCCUCCCCCUCCUCCCAGCCCCUCCCCGCCCCCGUCUCCCUACAUCUCCUUCACUUCCAUCUAUGACUUCAUCUCCCAGCGCAUUGCCGACCUUACUCGCAUGAAGGCCGCUAUCGAUGCCGCCGGCCUGGUGCAGGUCUUCAGCAACCCCGCCCUGCAGUACACCUGCUUCUUCCCCAACGACCAGUCCUCUAUCUGGACCAAGACGUAUGUGGUGAACGGCACCUCCGCCACGCUCCUGGCCCACAUCGCCACCCUCGCCGGCUGCCAGAGCCAGGCCGUGCCUGAUGCAACCUGCACCCUUUACCUAACUGCGGGCUCCAGCCUCAUUCGUCGGGCUCUGAACCAGCAUUGCGUCACCUCCACCGUCACCACCACCACCUGGACCAACGGUGUCAACCUGCCGACCAUCAUUCCCUACGUCAACGUCACGACCGGUGCUGGUUACACCAUUGGCCGUAACGGUGUCACCGUCAGCGUGCUCGCCAACGCCGCCGGCCUGCGCAACCGCGACAACAUCGUGGCUCAGUCCAUCGUCCAAAUCACCAACGGCUUCCUGGACUGGGGCUUCGACGCUCCUCCUCCCCCGCCGCCGCCCUCGCCCAUUCCCCCCUCGCCCUCGCCUCCUCCCCCCGUCUUCGCCUCCAUCACCAACGCUCUUGUGGGUGUCAACCAGCUGUCCGUGACCCGGCAGCUGAUUACCCUGCUGGGCCUCACCAGCCGUGUCGAUGCUCUGGCCGGCACCACCUGCUACUUCCCCAGCAACUACGCCUGGCAUCUGCUGGGCAGCAACGACGCCGGAGCCUUCGUGAACGUGAGCGUCCCGAUUCGCCGCCUGCUGUCCGCCGAUGAUACCUCCCUGAGCUUCACCAUCCUGCCGGGUGUCGUUGCCAGCGCCGUCCUGACCGACUCGCACCGCCGUUCCAUGGCUGAGGUCGACAACGUAUUCCACGCCGCUCAGUUCACCGAUUCCCUGCCCUGGAACGUCACUCUGGAUGCCGCUGUCACCCCCUUCAACGUUCAGCUCCUGAAGAACUCCAUCCUGAGCAGCUGCCUAAACCCCUCAACCGCCGCUGGUAGCCAGAACACGGGCAACACCGUGCAGGCCCUGGCCGCCACCGACAACCUGCCUUGGGAGACUGCUCUGGGCUGGACUGACGAGGUCGGCAUCAGCAUCCAGAAGGCGCAGUUCACCAACAACUGCACGGACAGCGCCACCGUCGGCGCCCUCACCGGCAUCCCCCUCGAGUCCCUGGGCUACUGCACCCUGUGCGCCAAGUACGACGACGUGAGCAACGUCUACUUUGGCUGCAACUUCACCGUGUACUACCUGUUCACCGGCGGGAGCACGGAUCCCGCUCUGCCUCAGUACGACCCCCGUCAGCGUGCGCCCUUCAUCCACUGGGUCCCUCAUGACAUCGUGGUCGGCACCUACGCCAACCCGUCUGGCUUUGUGCAGAUCGUUGACCGCGUCGUCCUGAGCCCCACCCUGCCGCCUCCUCCUCCCUCGCCGCUGCCGCCCAGCCCGCCGCCGCUGCCCUCGCCUCCUCCUCCCUCGAUCGGCCUGCGCUCUUUCUUCACCAACACCGUGGAGUUCGCUGCCUGCGCCGGCCGCCUGUUCAACGCCUUCAACUUCUACGAUGAGAUUGCCAAGUUCGAUACCUCGGGCUGGACUCUGUUUGUGCCCACUGACGUCGCUUGCAUCGCCGCUCUGGCUGGCCGCAGUGCCACCGUUGACUCGGUCAUCGCUGACGGCUCCGGUUACUCCAUCGUGCGUAACAUGUUCACCCGCAGCGGCGCCUACUCGACCGCCAGCCUGACGGACGGCUUCUUCCUGAACACCCACCUGCCGUCCACCGACAGCAACCUGUACAACACCAUCACCUUCAGCCACGCCGGCUCCGCCGUGGUGCUGUCGCAGCAGUUCCCUGGCUACGCCAUGCAGACUGCCAUCAUCACCCUCCCCGACAUGCCCAUCCAGCGUGUGCCCAGCGCCACCGUGCAGGCUGGUCUGGCUGGCUACGUGCACGCCACCAGCAACCUGCUCUUCCCCGAGAUCCGCCCGCAGUCACCGCCGCCGCCGCCGUCGCCUGCUCCCUCGCCUCCUCCUCCCUCGCCUCCUCCCAGCCCCUCGCCUCCUCCUCCCUCGCCCUACUACGCUAACGGCCUGUCCCUGACAUACGCGUUCGCCGAGGCCUCCAUCUUCAACGCUCUGCUGAGCUGCACGGGUGGUCUGGACGCUAGCCUAGCGACCGCCUCCAGCACCGUGUUUGUGCCUGUUGACGCUGCCUUUGUUGCCUACUACGCUACCAUCAACCCGGCGGCCAACGUCAGCAACACCAUUGCCCACUUCUGCGAAGCCGCGAACCUGGCCUCCACCCUGCAGCUGCUGAAGGCUCAGGUCAUCGAGGGCACCUGGACGUUUAACUCCCUGGUCAACUCCCCGCUGCCCAGCCGCAACUACCCGUACCACUACGCCGAGGUUUCCCAGCAGCCCGGCUACACCCUGUUCAUCAACGCCACCAGCGCCAACACCGUGGCGCUGGUCGUGUCUAUGCCGCCCAGCACGUCGUACAUCAUUCCUAGCCGGACCGACUUCAUUCUCUACCAGGCCGUCCUCCCGACAAACACCUCCGCUCUCAACUGCGGUAUUGCGCACUUUGUCACCGCGGUGAACAAUGUCCCGGCUCCUGCUCCUCCUCCUCCCCCGUCGCCGCCUCCGCCGCCGCCUCCCAACGUCUACAACUCCACAAACGCCUACGACGCUAUCGCGAAGGAGCCCUCGCUGGCCAUGUACCGCAUUCUUCUGGACCUGCAGUACAACUCCACCGUCACCUUCCGCCAGCUUCUGUCGGACCCCGCCCAGCUGUACACCGUCCUUGCCCCCGCCAACAACACCCUCAUCGACUUCUUCGCCCGUUUCACUAUUGACGGUUCUGCCAUGUCCUACUACGAGUGCCUGGACCCCACCAAGACUGCCAAGCAGGCUAUCUGCAGGGCUGUUGUGGAGUUCUCCAUCCUGCCGUCCGUGCAGUUCCUGCCGUCGUUAGACGCGUCCCAUUACAACCCAGGCACGGAGCCUUAUGGCCGCGCCACCUUCUUUUCUAUGGUUGGGGCGCGCACCCUGUUCGGUAACUCCCGCACGAUGCUGCUAUACCACCUGAACCUGGCUACCAGCCCGCCAAGCGGCCUGCAGUUCACCACUACGGGCUCCUGCAACGCCAUCGUCGACGCCAAGGGCCCGACCCCUGUUGGCAUUCCCAACGCGUUGACCGGCACGCAGAGCAUGCUGUACAUCGUAAGCGACGUCCUUGUGAACUAUGAGACUGUCAACAACGUUACGUACAACAACGUGCCCUGUGCAUUCCUUGGUUAAGAGAUUCCUAGGCUGGGUAUGUCGAUUACUGUGGAUUAGUAUGGUUAUGAACUGUUAGGAAGGGUCUUUGGGGGGCAAGGAUGUGGGUAGGUUUUGAACACUAUGUUUGGGUUUUAACCUGUUCUCGAUGUUUAGCUUGUAAUGCGUACAAGGCGCACGAUGGACACGCGCCUUUCGCAUUGUGUGUGGUUUUGAUGCGUGCCUGAUGGGGAUGUGCACCAUUACAGACAAAUUAGAAAUUGAUUUGUGUCUGCAGCUCACAUCGACAACAUUGAAUGAUUAUUCGCCACUUGAUCUGUAUCUUCUUUAGCACUAAAUGCGCCUGACCCUCGGAGUGUGGGCCUAGUGCCGGUAAACAGACUCAAAUGUAAACCGUCUUGCAUGUA